UUCCAACAAUUUCUGUCUUUCAUUAAAGUACUGGAAACUCUGAAACUAGGUUUAUGGGAAAGGAAAUGUUUUUAAUGGUAAAUCCGUGUCGUGAAUCAGGUUGACUUGAUGAGGACAACACAAGGGGAUCGACAGCUGAAUCAAAAUAUGAUGCCUCCCUUGGCAGAGCUUGUCUCCCUGACGGAGCAGGCGGCACCAGCCUCCCUGUCCCCCUGACGGCGCUUCCGGAGCGGAACGCACUCGAAUCUAACGGAUGCUGGUUCCACAGCUCGCGGACCGGAAGCUGGGACCGGGGGCAAAUUAUCCAGAGUCGACCCCAGGAACCUGCGGUGACACCGCUGUUUGCAGUGGGGGACGGUUCUGUGGUGGGACCAGUUACUUCCGUUACUGUGGAGAGGAGGCGGAUUUCAACAAUGGCCUGGAGAUCGCCAGUUCUUUUUGGUACUGGAGAUCGAAUGGUAGAAAUGGAGGAUUCAGAGGAUGACAAUCUUGCUACGUCUGAUUCUUCGGCAGUAGAUGCUGAGUUUGAUACCGUCAUUGGACACAUAGAAGAUAUUGUUAUGGAUGAAGAAUUUCAGCAGUUACAGAGAAACUUUAUGGAUAAAUACUAUUUAGAAUUUGAGAAUACUGAAGAAAACAAACUUAUUUACACUUCAAUUUUCCAAGAAUAUAUUGACUUGUUAGAGAAGUACAUUGAGCAACAGUUAAUGGAAAGGAGACCAGCGUUCAAUAUGACUACAUUCAUAACAUCACUACAGCAGCAUAAAGAUGAGAUAUCUGGAGAUAUAUUUGAUAUGUUACUGACUUUCACAGAUUUCCUGGCCUUCAAAGAAAUGUUUCUUGAUUACAGGAUGGAAAAGGAAGGGCGUGGCCUUGACUUUAGUGGUGAUCUUGUCGUGACUUCAUUAUCAAAAUCAUCUCCAUUGCCUCAAUCUUCACAUAACAUGCAAACUUUCUAACAGUCUUAUUGUUCCUGGAGUUCUGCAUUUGCUCCUGUAUACUUGCAUAUACCAAGCACAACGAUACAGACGUUUUGACAUGUUACAGUAUUUUGUAAGGAGGCUUAUACAAGUAUACUUUAAAAGCACAAUAAAAGGCAUCAGGUCUAAUAUUUUUUGUUUUUCAGAUACUACUUAGCAAGAAUUUUGUCAUCUUUAACAACAUUUUUAAAUGUAGGACAGGGCCCUCCUAACGCUGUUUUCAGGUAUGCGAGCUAUAAUGUGCAUUCACCUUAAGGUAGAGCUUAGGGGACCACUAUAUGCCUUGAGACCCAUCUGCCAUGUGUGUUUUUCCAGAACUCCUGGCAGAUUGUAAUUAGAGGCACAGUCCACAUGUCAUUUUGACCUGCAGGCUUGUAUAUAGUUUCCAAAAUCAGAAAUAUUAAUGGCUUUUGAUUUUGGCCACCAUUGGUACAGUUCAGACAACUUAAAUUAGUUCUCAAUGUGGAAAAUGGGAUGCUUUUAUUUAAAAAUACAAAAACGUAUAUCCAUGACUGUUUUUUUCCAUUAAUUUCAGUACAUGCAGAGCUGACAUUGGUAACUUAAGUACUUUAACUCUUCAUACAUUAAAAUUUGUUCUUCAGUUAGGCCAUUCCCAUAUGCUGAUAUUUGGGUCAGAGAUGCUACUUUGGCCUCUAUUAAUACAUGGGGAUUUGUAAAUAUAGGUGAGAUUGAAUCAGGAUUUUAUAUCUCCUCUGUUUAUGACUACAAUUUGUGUUUUGGUUUGUUGCUCUUAUCCUAGAACGAUCGUAUUUCCUGAAUGAAAGUGAGAAUUCCACAGGGUAAUGCAGUUAGGUAAUGUCUGUGAUAAUGUUGUACCUGCCACCAACACUAUCUUAGGUAGAGGGUCCUGUAAAUUAUUUGACCCAGUUGUAAAACUAUUUUGUAAUAUAGGUUUUUUUAAUUGCUUAAACCCUAUUCACUUCACCAGCUGAUUGGCCAAAACUAGAGACAUUGAAUUUAUAUCCACAAACUGGACUAAAUAGUCAACAUCUUUGGCACUGCUACAUUGAACAGUGAAAUGCAAGAACAAGGAUCUUGUUGAAAGAAUGCAGAGUAUUAUGGCUUUCCUAAUGUGUACAAAAGUAAAUUUGUCAAUUUAGCUCUGGUUUCACUGUGGGUUAUGAAGUCAUGCUUACUUUAUUUUUCAUUUGUACAUAUUUUUUAUUCCUAUGUAUUUUGAAUAAAAGAUUGCUGAAAUGCACUUUUGUAAGACAA